GCGCGGCCAAACCGGCGCACACGCGCGCGCACCGCCGCGGAACUCCCGCCGGCCGCCCGGCGCUCUCCCGGAGGCGCGCCCGAGCCGCCGCGGCCGCCGCCAACAUGGCCGAGACGAGCGAGGAGGUGGCCGUGCUGGUGCAGCGGGUGGUGAAGGACAUCACCAACGCCUUCAGGAGGAAUCCGCACAUAGAUGAAAUUGGCCUGAUCCCAUGUCCUGAAGCUAGGUAUAACCGGAGUCCCAUAGUCCUGGUUGAAAACAAACUUGGUGUGGAGAGCUGGUGUGUCAAGUUCCUCUUACCAUAUGUCCACAACAAGCUCCUUUUGUACAGAACGAGAAAGCAAUGGCUGAACAAAGAUGAACUGAUAGAUGUCACAUGCACCCUGCUGCUUCUAAACCCAGACUUUACCACUGCAUGGAACGUAAGAAAAGAGCUCAUCCUCUCUGGCACUUUACAUCCAGUUAAGGACUUACAUCUGGGAAAACUGGCCUUAACUAAAUUUCCAAAGAGUCCAGAAACAUGGAUUCACAGGCGAUGGGUGCUACAACAGCUAAUUCAGGAAACCUCCUUGCCUGCCUUUGUGACGAAAGGAAACCCAGCAGCAAUUCCUGCGGAGAGGACACAGAGACUGGUCCGAGAAGAGAUGGAGGUCUGUGGUGAAGCGGCGGGGAGAUACCCGAGCAACUACAACGCCUGGUCCCAUCGCAUCUGGGUUCUCCAGCACCUGGCGAAGCUGGACGUCAGGAUUCUUCUUGAUGAACUGUCUUCUACUAAACACUGGGCAUCCAUGCAUGUUUCAGACCACAGUGGAUUUCACUACCGCCAGUUUCUGUUAAAGUCUUUGAUUAGCCAAACUGUGAUAGAUGGUUCUGUAUUGGAGCAAAACCCUUUGAGAAGUGAGCCAGCUCUAGUUCUUCCAAAAGAUGAAGCAGCAGCUUCAACAGAGGAAGCAAGGAUAAAUCUUCCCCAUCUUCUAGAAGAAGAAGUUGAAUUCAGCACUGAUCUUAUUGAUUCCUACCCAGGACAUGAAACCCUUUGGUGUCACAGGCGGCACGUUUUCUACCUUCAGCAUCACUUAAGUGGUAGGUUUCCUCACAGUGUGACCCAGUUGUCACCUGUAGACAGCCCUGGAGGGACUUUGAGUGACUUGCACCUCAUCCCAGCAGGCCCACACGUGUCUCAGGCCAUGGAGGUGGACGGGCUGAAUGACUGUAGCAAGCAAGGCUAUUCCCAGGAAACCAAACGCCUGAAGCGGACCCCAGCUCCAGACUCCCGGGGCCUGGAAAUGGAGCAUAGGUUCAUCGAUCAAGUAUUGUCCACCUGCCGGAACGUAGAGCAGGCCAGGUUUGCCAAUGCAUACAGGAAAUGGCUGGUUACGUUGAGUCAAUGAAAGAGGUGGAUUAGUCCUGCAAGGUUCCCCUUUCAGUGCAAUAUUGCUUUCCUUUCUUCCUUACAUAGUUGCAUGAACUGUUUGCUAUUAUGUGGUCUUCAUCUUUAGGUUAAAAGUCCAUAGUAAAUCUUUCAGUUUAUUUAUUUUGUUAAGAACUGGCAUUCCUUUGGGGAUAAAAUAACUGUGUAGUUUCUUCCUGCUAAACAGUCUUAAUUUUUUUUUUUUUUAACUUUUCAUCCUUUAUAUUUCUAUACGUGAAGCUUCCUCUCAUUUUGGUUCUCCUAACUGGUUCACAGACACAUCUACCCACCUCAGUGCAAUUGCUGCAUAGGCUAGUUUCUUUUUUUUUUUUUAAUUAAAAAUUCAUGUUGUUGUUCAUCUUUAGAAUAAUACAAGCUCAAAAUUAUAUCUAAUUAUUGUUUUGAGAAUCAAAUGGCCGGAUAGAUGGAUUUGUGAAAAUAUAAAUCAUUUCUCUUUCUCGACUCAAGUUAUCAACCAAUGUAACCAAAGUCAGAAGUACUGGGAUUUAUAUAAGAAACAUGCUUCCAAUGUGUAAUCCAUUUUAAAAUGGUUAUUUUAAAAGAAAAAUGAAUUUUAAAAGUUUAUGUAAUUACAGGACUGGGAAAUUAUUUUUAUCACUAGUUUUGAUAGAUUCUUUUUACCUCAUAUUUGGUAUAGGCCAAAAACACUCAAGUUAGCCCCUAUAAACAUCAUUUGUUAUUUAAACCUGGAAUGCCAUUUUUAGUUAUUACUACUUAUUUUCCUUUUAAAUUCACCAUGAAAAGUGGGGAAAAUAUGCAUGGAAAUGUAUCCAUAAAAAUCUUCCUUUUUAAAAAUUUAAGUUCCUGAGGAUAUACUUAAACUACAAAAUGUUUAUGAAGUGAUUAUUAAAAGUUUGCUGGUAAAUGCCAGAGGAAAGAAUAGCUUUUGAAGGUUAGUUCUUCAACCUUUGUUUUAAAAAAUAAAACAACUUAAAGACUUUGAUAUUAAACUUAUCAGGGAUGAGGUACCAAAGUAGCCACCUCACAGCUGUAUCUUAUCUUUUUAAUAAUAAGGGCUGGGUUUUUCAGGUCUGUGAGGCAGGGUGGGAAAAGGGCCUGGUAAUGUUUACUUUCUUAAUAUAUUUUCCCCUUUGUAAAUGGUCUGUGUUUGUUCUUUCCUCUCCACCUACCUUUUCUUUAUUUUCCUAAUCCAUUUCGUAUUUUUUGACACUUUUACCUCUGUUUUUCCUUAAAUGUCUUAUUUUGAGGAUGUGUACUGAAGAUACUCUCCGUCCUCUUUCCAGUGAAUUUCAUACCCCAUUAAACAAACCACACACACACACAGUAUUAAUAUGAACUGCCCCUUUAAAAGUUCCCCUAACCAUGGAAACUGCCUAUUGUCCUAUGUGUGGGCAGAAUGUAAUAGUGGCCGAAGUAAGUACGACCGCCGUACUUUGCUUGUUCUUUUUACUUGCUAGGUCACCUGUAGGGUGAGGGGACAGACAUAGGGAAAGGCAAACGUCUCCUGUCUUCUAUUAUGGAAACCCUGGGCUUGAGUGAGGUACAUUGCCUUAAGCUUAGGAGAGGCAUAAGUUCUUUUUGUGCAUCAUGAUUUUGUUGAAUAGCAAACUGUCAGGUAAGACUUAAGAACACCAGAAAAAUUGUUCAGCCCGGUUCUUGUAGACAGAAGCUGCUUUUCUCUCUUAGGGCAAAAUUAACCUUUUAUAGUUUUCGUAGUAUUUAGGUAAGAAAACAGUUGUCAUUAUGAACAUAAUUCCAUGGCCCUUUGUGUACAAAGCAUAUUUUGAAUCAAAUACCUCAAGGUCUACCUAGACCUCUAUGGAUAAAAGCAUUAGUUCGUGAUUUUCAGCACCUGCAGGGGAUGGUGGGGAGACUACACAGAGAGGACAUGAGAGAGUCAGCCCAUUCCACUAAAUACAUGUUGCCAAAUCCUGGCCUCACUCAGUAUUACCUUUUUUCCACACGUCAUUCUAAGUAUCCCAAGUAAUAGGGCUUCUUAUGCUUUGAUGUGAGAGUGACAGGACAGGAGCAUAGACAAUACCCUGUGAAACAUCAGCUCCAUUUGAUAGUGCUUCACGCCUUCUUAUAGCCUCCACCUUUGAUGUUGUCUGUCUUCAUGUGUGUUCAGGCCCUUAAUCCACCCCUUCAUGAAGCCAUGCAGUCCUAUAAGAUAUCUUGGUCUCUUGUCUUCCCGUAAAAGUUUUGAGUAGGGAGUAAAAAUACAAAUAUCUAAAGGACAUUUACUGUGUGACUUUUGUGUGCUACUUUAUUUCUAAAAUUGGCAUUUUUCAAGUGUUCAUUCACAGAAGAACUUAGUAUUGCCCUGUAUGGUUGUGUUUUUUCCUAGAUGGUUGACAUCUACACUCAUUAGCUGUGGUGUGAUAAUAUCUCUUUGACUGAAUGAGUUCAUGCAGUGGAAAGGUGUGUCUAUUUUCAGGGACACGUUAAUCUUUUUUUUUCCUAUAAAUAUGUCAUUGUCAAAAAGACAGUUUAGAUUGACACACGUUUCAUCAAAGUUUUCAUUGGAAGAAUAGUAGGCCAUUGUACUGUCCUGUGGAUCAAGAAUACUACUGACAAGCCAAAAGCAAUAAGAUCUGUAAAUACCUCCACCACCACCUUCUUCCCCCACCCCACCUUUUUUUAAGUAUACCUAUUUUGGUAAUAUGGUGUUCCCACAUUAUCCUGUGUGCCUUGCACAUUGUGAGGACUCAUUAAAUAUUUAUCAAAUUAAUAAAUGAUUAUCUGUUUGAAGAAGGGAAAGAUUGAUCAUGAGUAAUGGACAGAAUGAGUUAUGACUGAGAAAUUAAUGGAUUAGAAUAAUGGACUGUGAAUGAAUGAUGUAGUCUAGAUUCAUGAUACUUCCGGUGAGCUAUUACAUAAACAAUAAGUUAAUUUAGAUUUUUUUCUUCAUUUAAAUACCUUGUUUAAACUCGUUAAAUACCAGCCAAGAAAUGCAGGUCUAUAAUUAUGAAUUAACUGUACUUUAAAUAUAUAUUAAAAAUUCAUAGAACAAAGCUCGUUUGCAUUAAGAACACUACUUUCUGUUCAGUUAUGAUACUGGAGGACAGAUCUUGCCAACAGAGCCAGAGACACUGGGGCAUUUGAAGAAAUUCUUUGAUUUCAAAGACUUGUUGAUCUGUAUUUGUGCCCGGAUAGUCAUUUUAUGCUUCUCCUUUUCUACUCCCCAGCUUGAACUGUGGGCCUUUUUAGGUAUUUCUUAAACCUAUGUGAGUCAUUUUUUUUUUUUUAAUUUAAGGAUUAGUUACCUAUUAAUGUCCCCUUUUUCUUUUCUAGGUUUUAGCAUUCUGUUACCUCUUUGGAAACCCUGGGCCCAGACUCUCAGUCAUAUCCCUUACUCCUAUGGUAGGGUUCUAAUUAAAUUAAGGACUUCAUUAUGAAUAGGAUUAAAUCCAUACAGGUUGUCACUCAAAGCCAUUUAAAUCUUCAGGUGAGGGCUUAUGUGACACAAGAUGGGAAAACAAAAGUUCCUGGACUUUUCUGUGGCAGUUUGUAGGAAAGCAUAUAUAGUGGUAGACUUUGUGUGAUUUCCAUGUAUUCAGGUCAUGUCAAUUCAUGCUUAUUAUACAAAGAGAACUUUUAAUACUGUUGAGAACAAAUUAACAGUAGUAAUUUUCUGUAGCACAAGAUGGUAUCUGGCAUAGCCUAAAUGUAAUUUAGGAGUACAACUGGCUCUUGCUGUACAACAGGGUAAUCUUUUAGUCCCUCUUAAUUAUAGAAGAUACUAAAGAUUUAGUUAAAAAAGGAAGUAACAUAUAUUCUCUUUUUUUUUGGCAGAAAGUUUUUGUAAGCUUACAGUUAUUUUGUUACUAGAAAAUUAUAUUUUAGAACUUUAAAGUAUUUAAAAUAUUCUAGAAAAUGCGAACAGCAUUAUUAACAACGUGUGUCUUCUGAAUAAAUGUCUCAAACAGAACCGUGCAGACUCUGGUACUUGACAUGCUGCCGCCUCCCUAUGCCUGCACAUACUCUCGGUGUACUCCUGUCGAACGGAGGUGUACGUGGAGUCCCAGGAAGGCAUAGACAAAUGCAGUGGCAUGAAGGCAGUGGGCAGGAAAACAAUCAACCCUGAAAAUUCUACUUGUCACACAAGGUCUUUUAAAAAAUAGUUAAACAUACUGUGUUAAUUUGAGUGCCUUUCUUCUUUCUAGAGGGAACAAGAUCAUAUUUAAUGUUUAGGUAGAAAACAAAGGAUGGAAGUUUUAUCAGACAGUUGAUUGUAAUUCAUUGUAUUGAUUCCAGUUGCUAGGCAUGGUCCCAUGGAGUUUUUAUCCUUUCAUGAGGUACUGAUAUGAGCAGGUAGGAUGCUUUGGUUUGUAUUUCUUAGCAUUUUUAAGGACCCUACCAAGAAGAAUUCAUUCUUUCCUUGUGGCAACUAACCUUUUGGGGGUUGGAGGCAUUGUAUUUUAGAGGAGAGCAUGUGUAUAAUUGAAGAUCAGCCUGAAGCCUGGGCAGCCCGGGCAGCCCAGGCAGCCCAAGGUCAAGGGAAACAGUGGCACUGUGCCCUACAAGAAAGGCCAAAUGAUUGUUCUAAAUGAAUCCUUUGCCUCACCUUAAGGACUUUUAAGAAUUCCCUCCCAAAUUCCAUGUUGGAGGAGAAGAAGUAAAUACUGAGAUGAAACUUAAAAUGUGGCAUGUUAUAUAUAUUUGGGUAUGGAGAAGGGAGGGACAGAAAGUCCCUAUUUCAAGAUAGCAAAUAACUUGUAAUUUCAUAAAAAUAUACAGCUAAAGAUUCCAAAGUGCUUUUCAGAGGACUGUUGAAUAAUAUAUUCCUAAACGGCAGCAAUAUGUCAUAGUUCAUAGUGGAGACAGAAAACCAUUGUGUCGGUUGUAAAUCUGGGGUGUGUGUGUGUGUGUGUGUGUGUGUGUAUGUAUGUGUGUGUGUUGCAGGGGGUGCCUCUGGCUCUCAACUUGGACAUCUGUAUUCUCGCUAGGCCAUGUUAACACUUAAAACCAAACUCUUUGCUAAAAAAGAGAGCAGUAGCUUAGUCUGCAGAUGAAACUUUGUGCUUCCAAGAAUUAGCUCUUUAUAGGUUGUGCUUUUUGGAUGAUACUGUGGUCCACAAAGCUAACCCUGGCAUUUCUUUUAUUAAUCUGUUAUUCCUCAGGGUGUAGAAGGUUUAGUAAAUUUAGGACAAAAUUUUAUAUUCAGUGGCAAAAAAAAGAAAAGACAAAACUAUGCUAAAUAUAUUACUAGCUCUUAAAAUUUUAGUAUAGAUAGUAUUUUUUAUAAACCACUACCAGGGCGGUAGCUCAUAGAUGCUCUGUGACUGCCUCGUUCAUCUCGCUGCUUCAGUCCCUGUGGCCCUAUUAUGAAUGUUCUCUUACACAUGUCUUCUAUGGAAACGAUUUCUGUAAUAUAUUGUUUUCCACGUUUGGCAGAAGUUGGGGGUGUUUUAGUUGACAUCAUUCUGUUUUUGGAAAUCCUGUUCAGAAAAUUACUGUUGGUUUUCAAACUGACAACUGUUUUGCUGCUUAAAACUUCAGUUUCCCUGAAAGAGACCCUGUAUGUGUUCAGUACACUGCAUAAUGCCUUGCACCUUGCAGGGAUCCAACGGGUCAGAAUCAUUAAAGACUAGAAAGUUAAAGCUAGCUUACCUCUGUCUCAUCUCAGCUUCAGGAGAAAUACAGUAUUGUGCUUAAGAUACACAAUUUGGUUCAAACAUACAAGGCAAGAUAGACAACUGCACAAACAUCGUAAGUGAAACUUAGAUACUUUUAAGGCAUAUACGUGCGUAUUCACAUACAUGUAUGUGUGUACAUUUAAAUGAGAUUUGGAACUUGAAUUUAUAUAGUGAUCUUACAGAGAAUUGUAUUUAAAGGGUUUUUAUUUUAUUUAAAGUGCUCCUAUUUCAAGGCAGUUUUCUUUAUUAAACCAGCCCCCAAGCAAAGUUGGAAACCUAAUACAAGUGCCAUUUGCCUGAAUUAACCAGAUAUUUGUGUAAACUAUUAUUUUGUCUUUGGAUGAUUAGGACCAUGACAUUCUGGUUUUUCUUCCAUAUCUUUAGGGAAUCAGCCUUAAUUUUAUGUAUGGCCAUCACUUUCCUCAAAGUACCGUGCAGCAUACUUCAAAUGUAAUUUAUCUCUAUAAAGUGAUUAGUAAUAAAUCUGAGGUUUUUUCAUGUCCUAGGGAUGAACAAUUUCACACGUUCAGAUAUUGACUCAUACAGCAUUCUAUUAGAAAUGCUCAUAAUAGUACCCUCCCUCACCAGUGUCAUCUUGCGUUUGAAGCAGGUAUUUUUUUCUUAUCAGUUAAAGAAUGAGUGUAGACUGAGUGCAGUCAUAGUAGGUGCUCAAUAAAUAGUCGAUUAUUGAUCUACCAUCAAACUAACUGUUACCUUUUCACGGAGGAGUAUAUUUUUGGAGUAAUACAUGUUUGAAACUGAAAAAUUCUAUCAUUUGACAGGAAUUACUAAGCUUAUUUAGGCUGGAGUUAGUAACAUGCAAUAAAAAUACUGUUUGUGUAGAACAUGGUCUGAAGGUAGGAGAUGGGAAAAGUUUAAGCAGUUAUCUUUUUGUGCAAGACACAUUAAUAAACGUGAGUAAAUGUCUUAAUAGGGCUGCUGAACCCAAGAGGAAACUGCUGGAGACUUCUGCCAUCAGUUUCUGCAUUGGUAUACCUAGCAUUACCUGUCUUAGGUACUGUCCAUUUCUCCCCAAAUCUCGGUUGCUUUCCAGUGUUUUAAAAGUGGGUAGUGAUGAAAUGUGAAGUUAUAUUCAAUCACCUGUACUCCUGUGUUUUCUCAGAGUAUCUCUAAUAUGAGGGAGAAAUUUUUAUGAAUAUUUGUUUCAGAAUCUGUUAAUUUGUGGCUUCAGAGCAUUUUUGACAGAGCUUGCCCAAUGUGAACAGAAAAACAUUCCAACCUGAGCUGGGAGGGACAGAGCGCAUAGCCCAGUGUAACGGGGCACUGCCUCCUGGCGAGGUUCUUGGUGUCUGACCGGGAUGCUGGCUGCUGGCUGGUGGCCACUGUCCGUGUUUGGGCUGAGGUGUGUUGUCCUUAGGAGAAGGACGAAAUGGGUUCUAGAUGAACUUGUAUUUGAGGUGGACAGAAUAAAAAAUAAUGUGGUAUAAAUACACCAAAAAUUUAUACACACUACUACAAAAACUAAAAAAUGGAGGAGGGGGAAGAAAAUGAUAAAAGGUCAGUGAUAUUUUUUUACAGCCUCUAAAAAAAUUAUUUUUAAAUCCAAGUCUCUUGGACACUAAGCAGUUGCUUACUUUAUUUAACACUGCAGGACUUUAAUUUAUGGGAUGGUUCUCAGGUACCAUCUGUACUCUGCUAUUAGAAUUGACCAUGUGUGUGAACUUUACAUUGCUUGAAGAUUUUCCAAAAAUGGACUAUGUAAGUUGCUGUUGAUGUUGUUUAAAGAUUUUCCUGUAGGUUGUGGUUAAAUGGACAAGUUACAUGUAUGAUCUGUGGUGCAAGGUCAGAUCCUGGGCAUUAAAGAUAAGUUUGGCUAACUUAUUUUACUGAAGAUACUAACCGCCUUCCCUCUGAUUGCAUUGAUGUUUUUCUUAAGCUAUUUUUCUCAACGUAACAAUCUGCAUUGAAAGUUCUUUUAGCUCUCACAGUGUACUAAUUCACAUUUUUUAAGGAUUCAGUAUUUUGUGAAUUCUUUUUACACUUAAAAUGUAUACCUUGCAGAGGGAUAAAAAUAAAUUUUGCAGUAAAGUAUGUGCAGAGGGUGUUCUGGGACUUAGUUCUCCAGAGUGCUUAAAGUAUGAUGCUAAAUUCGAAGGCUAAUAGGUCGACUGUAAAUUAUUUAUAUUAGCACUGUCCAGUAGAAAUAAGUGGGAGCCACAUAUUUAAUUCUUUAUUUUCUAGCAGGCGUAUUAAAAAAGAAAUGGUGGCAUUAGCUUAAGUAUUUUAAUUAACCCAAUAUAUUAAAAAUAUCAUUUUAGUAUGUAAUCACUAUACAAACUUAUGGAGAUAUUUUGCCUUUCUUUUUUCCCAUGGUAAGUUUCUAAAACUCAUUUUGCAUUUGGCACUCACAGUGCAUGUCAGUUCUGACUAGCUACAUUUCAAGUGCCCCAAUAGCCCCGUGGCUAAGGGCUGCUAUAUUGGACAAUGCGGGUUCAUAGGGUACAAAGUAUGACUUUAUGUUAAGUUGGGAGAUGGUGCAGUAGGCAUGAAAUCAUGGUACUUUAAAAAUUACUUAGUAUACUUAGAAAAGUAUCUAAUAGAAUUACCCACAUUGUCUUCAUUUUAAAUUUGCUGUAGAACGAGCUCAAUCUGUUCCAACUUGCCAAGCAUUAUUUAAGAAGAAAUUCCAUGCCAUGUAAAAUACCAUGAUAUGCUCAUUAUAACAACACAUUAUUAACACAUUUUUCAAUGUGUUCGCUAAAUUCUGUCCUGUUUCUUCAAAAUAAUAGCUUAAAUUGCAUGUUAAUUGUAUAUCUGUACUUGUUUUUAUACUAUUCUUAUAAUAAUGUGUAUUAACAAACAGCCCUAGGAUUCUAAUCUUCCUAUGCAUCUGUCUUCCAGUACUUACUGGUACACUUAUUAAGUUGUUACAAGUGGCAGAAAAGUAGAAUGAACCACUGGUUUUUUUCCAUUAGAUUGUUUUUAUCAUGUGAUCAUGUACCAAGCCAGCUAUAAAUUAUUGUAUUUCUGUAGACGAUGGAAAAUAGUGUUUAUGUCUUAUGUUUGCUAAAUGUUUGCAAUUUCUAAGUAAACUUUUCAUCUCCUAA